AUGGCGGGGCCCGCCGAGCCGCUGCCUGUGGCCGCUCCACAGGCCCCAGAGCCCGUGGCCGCCGUGGACGACGGCCAGCGGCAUCGAGAGGCAGGGGCCGGAGCCGACAGCCAGGCCUCGGAGUCCGCCGGCCCGUCGGAGGACUUCCGAGUGCGCUGCUCGUCGAAGAAGGCCGUGACGGAGGCGGUGGUGCUGUGCGGCCGCCUCGUGCGGAGGCUCGGCGACGCGCUGCCGGCCGACGUCCGCGAGCUCGCGCUGCGGGACGUGCAGUGGACUUUUGAAUCAGCCGUGCAGGAGAAUGUCAGCAUCAAUGGGCAAGCCUGGCAGGAAGCCUCAGAGAACUGUUUCUUGGAUUCUGACAUCAAAAUGCUUGAAGAUGAAUUUGAUGAGAUCAUAGUAGAUAUAGCAACCAAGCGUAAGUGGUAUCCCCGAAAGAUCCUUGAAUGUGUCAUCAGAACCCUCAAGGCACAGCUUGAAACUCUGAAGCAGUAUCACCCUGUUGUACAUCCACUGGACCUGAAAAGUGACCCCGAUCCAGCUUCUCGUGUGGAAAAUUUGAAAUGCCGAGGAGAAGCCAUAGCUAAGGAAAUCAGUGACGCCAUGAAGGCUUUGCCUGCAUUAAUUGAACAGGGAGAUGGAUUUUCCCAAGUCCUAAAGAUGCAGCCUGUCAUCCAACUCCAAAGGAUCCACCAAGAAGUCUUUUCUGGCUGCGGUGGGAAACCCACUGUCAAGCCUGAGAGCUUUGUAACCACAGUGGAAACCACACCACCAGCAGAGACUGCUUCCAAGAAAAGCUCCAAUGUGGUUCUGAAAAGAAAGCAAGCUCCGGACUGUGCCCAGAGAAGGUGCUAUCCACUGCGUCCAAAGAGGAUUAAUCUCAACACAUAAGCUCUUUUUGUUUACUUAGGUGUUGAAAAUAGAUGCUGUCAACAUGUAGAUUCCAGCCUGAUGCCUCGAGGGACUUCAUUUAAAGCAACAAAUAACGCUGUCUGCAAAUGCAGCCACUGUUGCUGAUUAUUUUGGGAUUUGCAGUAACGCAGUGUGUCUGUCCCGCCUGUCCACACAAAGCCUGUCAGCUGGUAGCAGGGUGAGCAUCUCCUGUCAGGCCCUGGCUGCCUUGGAGUGUCUGUGGAGGUUCAGGAAGAGCAUUAUGCAGGGUUUCCUUUAAGGAGCAGGCUGUGCUGCAUGCAUGGUUCUGCAGGAGACCUGAAGUGGGUCUGCAUGCAGCACGUGCUCAGACAGCGUGAGCUGUAGGCGUGGCUCUGUAGAUCUGUGGGUCUGUAACAGAGGAGAUGCUCUCUUCAUGCAAGAGUUUCUCUCCAAAACGCAGGCUGGCCUGCACCAGCGCUUCUUGCCCACUCUUGUUUCCAGGAGCCUUGUAGCAUAAUUUGACUUGGAACUAAUAGUUUAUUUUAGAUUCCUCAUUCCUUUCUAUAUUUAAUUAAUCCUUUUAGUUCAAAGUAUAUAGUAAGAUUACACAUUGAUAGAUUGUCAUUUUACAACAAAUGCAGGCAUACUGGACUAAUUCAAUUUAAGGAUGUGUAUAUAUCAGAGAUAAAAUCAAUAGAGUUUCAGAAAGUUCUGUUGUACUUCUGGCAUUUUCACUAUGACGUGUUUUCUGCUGUUUCCCUUUUUGGUGACCAUUUUGUCCACUUUCAGAGGAAUUACUGAUCAUGUCUUGGACAGUCUUUGCUCCUUGUGUCUUAAUGAUCCUAACCUAGAUCUGUCAGAUCUGGCUCAGUCUAGGGAGUGCUAUUAUGAGGCCACUUUAUUACACUCAUGGAUUUUGUUUUAAUGUUAUAGCUUAAGAUCUCUAUAUUUGCACAGAACAGUGCUUUUAAUUAAAAUAGUGUAUAAAACCAA